UGAUGGUAAUGUGUUUUUGCGUGCUUGUCUGCCUGCUUGCUGGCUUGCCUGACUUGGCGCUAUAGGGGUGAUGUGGGUUUGGUGGGUGGUGGUGGUGGUGAUGAUGAUGAUGAUGCUUGUGGCCGUUCGCUUCGCCCCUAGGGGUGUUAUUGUGUGCUUUUUCUGCGUUUGGGACGGUGCUGAUGUGGUUUUGGUUCGGUCUUCUUAAGGUAUAAGGGACGGUUCAGGGGCACGGUCCGAAAAGUGGGCUCUUCAUGACUCCGGGAUAUAUGUUACGGAAACGGAUGGAGGGGCAACAAAAGUACCAGGCCGGACGGUUUAGAUUGGGACUUAUAGAGGUGUUCUAUCGGAGGGCCUUCGCGGGCCACGGACGCGGGGAUGAGAGGGUUCAGUCAGAGAGGGCACUUAGAAUGGCUUGGGGUCUUGUGUUUGCGGCGGCGUCUGGGGCUCUUAGCAGCCUGUGUAUCUCAAUCAUCAUCUACACAGAAGGCAGUAUUGCGUUCGCCGAGGCGCGGCGCUGGCGACAAUUGACGCCUGUGUUGGUUUUAAGUUCGAGAACCCAUCAUCCUGCGUGAUGUGGUAACUUCGCCAUUAUGCUCUCAGGUAAUGCGGGGUAGCAAAUGGUGACCCUGGGCAUGGUGGCAGUUCUAUCACGCCAGCAAGAGAUAUUGGCAGCAGGUAAUCUCAGACAGGCCACGACGUAGUAUUGUGACUCGAAGGUGGUCUCUG